AUUCAACAAAGAGUAGUUGGUUGGUUUGAAUAAACUUUAUCUUUUAAUGUUCCCCAUACAAACAACUCAAGCGGAUUUAAAUCUAGUAAACGUGGUGGCCACUGAACAACUUCACCUUGUCGACCAGUGAUCAUGGAAUGUUCCGUUCAAUACUUGAUUGGAUAUUUGCGCGUAAGGAGCAGGACAAUCAUCGUGCUAGUACCAUAAUUUGGCACGGUUCUGAAGAUCUUAUUACAAGUUCGCAGCGAUUAGCUCGCUAUUACUCGCGACGAAGGAAUAAUUUCGAGAGAGAUCGACUACAUGAAAAAGGACUUUGUUUUUGUGAUUGUUGCCGAAAAGCCGCACGGCGUAAUGCGUUGUGCGCGGUCAGUGUGAUAUUGAGCGGUAUAGAGAUCGAGUCGGCGGAAAGCGGUGCCGCCAAAGGCAUUUUAUACUUGUAUUAGGUUGUCCUAAAAGUUUCUUCCAUUUCAGUAAUAAGUAAUACAUAUACAAUAUUUUAUGUCUAAUGUUACAUUAUUGAAUUGCGUACGAUUCAUUUUACUCCAUUACUGUUACAAUAUUAGCAUCUAAGAAAUUAGGUUGUCUAUUUAUAUGAACAGUGCCACACAAAAUAACUGAAUGCAAGUCACGGAAGAAAUUUUUGGGAGAACCUAAUAUAUUGUACGUUAAAAGAUGUUAAUAAACCAUAUAUAUAUACUUCUUUUAAUAUAAAGUCUGUCCUCCGUCUUUGAGUCUUACAUAUUCAUGGUUCAACACGUGACCCGUGCGGCCAGCGGAGGGCAAGUGUUCGCUGAUGGUUUUCCUUACACCGCCAACCCGUCCUCCUCGAGUUCUUCGCAGCUGCGCAGGUGUAUCGCCGGCACCUUCUCAUUAACAUCUUGCCCAAAAAGCCAGUCACGCCAGCACUAGGAUCUGGCACGGUCGAGUCAUCCUAUCGAUCCUCGUUCCGUUAACGCGACCGUUCCUUUCAACGCUUUCUUACCCUAAUCAGAGAUCACUUCGACAUCGUUGUGUCGCGUAUCGGGAGCUGAUCAUCGAGCAAGAAGAUGCAAUGGGCGAGGGCAAAAGCGACCGUUCCGGCAAAAGGCAAAGGUCCUCCGCUAGGGGUGCCAACAAAUCGUCCUCGGACACUGAGCUAGCGCACGGCAAAGGAAAAGGGCGGAAAAUCAAAUCCAAGGAGAAAUGGCCCCUCUUGGAAGGGUUAACAGUCGACGAGUUGGCUCGUUAUCGGAGAAGACGUGUCCAAGGUCAACCAAAGGACAAUCUUAGACUUCAACCUGAAGUGGAGGACAAAAUUCCCGUUACCGAGUAUUGCGAGACCUUCGGAGCGAUCAGCGAAGAUUCGCUCAAGGAAAAUGUCUGGCUGGAAAAGAACAAAGAAGUCGAAGAUAUCCAAUUGAAGGAUUCGAUUGAAGAUGCACAACCCUCGGAUGGUGAAGAGUUCAAGGCAGAAGAAACGAAAUCUACCGAUAUUCAACCCAAAAGCAACGAUCCUGCGACUUCCGUGGCACUGGUUGAGGAUGAUAAAACGAUGGAGACCGAAAUUACACGUUCCAAGGUCGUUACCCAUGUCAAUCCUUCCAAACGACCAUCUCUUAUUAGAAGAAGGACUACUUCAAAGUGGGAUGGAGACCUAUAUAAAAACACGGAAACGUGUUCGUCGUAUGUAGCCUACGAGGGUCAACAUAGGCCUGAACUUGCUCGUAGGCCCACGUCCUUGAAGAUGGAAGGUGAUUUGGAAACGACGACCGAGAAGUGCGAAAAAUUCAUCCAGUGGCUGAACGUCAGCCGUCCUGAACUGAUGCGUGUGCCGACGCAUCUAAAACUCGAGGGUGACUUCGAAACGUCGACGGAGAACCAUGAAAAGUACGUGCCAUUCGUGGGUGUGCGAAGACCAGGGUUGCUCAGGCAGAAUACCAACCUGAAACUAGAAGGGGAGUCUACGUUUUUGCCAGAGUACAUGGACGUUUUUAAAAAGCAUAACAAUAGAGUGCGUUCGCUGCCAGUUAAACCUGAAACACAUCUAAAGACUGGAACAGACUUUUUUCAGAGUACAGAGAACACCGAUAAUUUCGGUAAUUCUCGUUUCAAAGAAGCGCAAUUAAAUAGCGAGAAAGAGAUGCGAAAGGAGAAAAAUGCGAAGGAGGAAGAGAUGAAAAUGUUGGUCUCAAAAUUAGAAGAUUUAAAGGGUCCGCCACUUGAAAUUCCUGAGUAUAAAGACGCGUACAAGAACUUCCCCAGAGAGCGUCCCAAAAUUGUAAAACCUGAGGACGAAAUCGGACGAGCAGAUGGUUCUAAAGUGCCUUCGUCGCCUACGACGAAGUUUGCAACGAAAAUCGACCAAGAUCCGGAAUACAAAUCAAAAUACUUGGAUUAUCAAAGAGACCAUGCUGUCUACAGAAAACCAUCAUUGACGAUGAAAUCGACGUUAAUUCCUUCGGACCAUGAAGCAAGUUUUUGUAAACAAGAAUCUAAACGAUACGAUUACGAGCUUACGAGCGAAAUGAGGUCUCAAUACGUUCCUUAUGGCCGCGUACCAAAUGUUGAGCCUUUGAGGAUGCCAUCGAGCUUGCGUUUAGAAGGGAAUCUGGACCUUGAACCGGAAUAUAGAACGGCUUAUUGUACAAAACGGGAAAAUCAAUUGUACACAGAACCGAAGAUGCAUCGUAGACGAGAUCGUAGUUUAAGUGCUUCCAGACGAAAAGAUAAUUAUUGGAUAAAUAAUAAUAUAGAGCAAUUCGACUGUGUAAACACUGCGCAGGAUCAAGACGCGUUUCAAGUAUUGCGUACUUCUUCGGGUAUUCAUGAGGAAAAUAUAUGCGGUAAACCGCCAUCAGGUAGUCGAAGAGGCUCGAGAACGUCGUUAACUCAAGUCCAAAGACCAAUGCAGGUAGAUGCGGCAGAAUACAACAGAUUAAAAGAUGAGUCGACUAAUCCUACUUAUAGACUCCAUGUCUGUAAUGUUGACGACGAACCCCAAGGUUUCCGACGUAGACGAUCGCCAUCACUUCAGUCUUCCGGAAGGAUAUGUAAUCCUUCACCCGAUCAUGUACUUCAAAACGAUGUUAGACCAUAUUCUCCUAGUUUUGGCAAGGGCACUAACCAACACACUAAUGGUCAAUCAUUUGUUGUUUUGGAUAAUGAAAUUUUUAGCACAAAUAAAAAUGAGAGACGCAGACGACGAACAGAUAGAAAUUACAAUAUAGAUGGCACACUUGCCCAUUCUAAGGGAAGAACUAGAACCACAACCAAUUGGAUGCCGCCAUGGUACGACAGUACAAACACUAUUUAAAGCAACAUGUGUAUUUCAAACAUUUUUGUUUGUCUUAUAUAAAAAAUAUAAAGGGCUUCGCAGUUUAUAAUAUUGGCCUAAAAGCAAUAAAGUUUUGCAAAACCCAAAAUAUGAAUUAAUAAUCAUUU